AACCAAAUCUCAUCCAAAUUGUGGAUAACAAAAGCAGCUGCCCAACUGUCUUAACCACCUCUUUAAAUCACAAAAUCCCACUCUCUUCUUCACUCUCAAUCAAAAAAAAUGGCAGCAGCUUCAGCGCCACCAGUCUCUACCAACUUCUCCUCCGCAACUCCAACCUCAAAACCCAUAUCUAUGUACUCAAAUUCUUCUAAACUUACUCUAAAAGCCCAUCAAAGUUCCAAAGAAUUGACCUCUAUUUCAAGAAGACAAUUCUUGAAUGGAUCGCUUGCUUUAGUUCCACUAGUGAUAUCUCCGCCCCCACCUUCUCAGGCAAAGGAAAUUGAAGUGGGAUCUUACCUUCCUAAGUCACCGGUCGACCCUUCUUUUGUUCUCUUCAAAGCCACCCCUAAAGAUACCCCUGCUCUUCGUGCAGGAAAUGUACAGCCCUACCAGUUUAUCCUUCCACCAACUUGGAAACAGCUACGUGUAGCCAAUAUACUAUCUGGAAAUUAUUGUCAACCUAAGUGUGCAGAGCCUUGGGUCGAAGUAAAAUUUGAAGAUGAAAAACAGGGAAAGGUUCAGGUGGUAGCCUCUCCUUUGAUACGCCUGACGAACAAACCCAGUGCGACGAUUGAAGACAUUGGGAGUCCUGAUAAGCUCAUUGCUUCCCUUGGACCUUUUGUCACUGGAAACACAUAUGACCCUGAUGAACUCCUCGAGACUUCUGUUGAGAAACACGGUGAUCAAACUUACUAUAAAUACGUUCUUGAGACUCCGUAUGCUCUCACAGGAUCACACAAUCUUGCUAAGGCAACAGCAAAGGGAAACACAGUCAUCCUCUUCGUGGCAAGCGCUAAUGAUAAGCAGUGGUCGUCAUCACAGAAAACUUUGCAAGCUAUACUUGAUUCCUUCGAAGUUUGAUUCAUUGUGGAACCAGAAAACUGUUAAGCUAUUUAACUUUUGAUUUGUAUGGAGUAUGUCCAUCGUGAUAUAAACUAUUUGUAACUUAGUGAAACUAUGGUUUUCAUGAAUACAUCUCUAUUUAUGGAUCUAUAUGCUUCGAUUGGAAGUGUAACUUCCAUGAUGAGGGUUGUAUUUUACCAUUUGUAGCUUCUCCAGGUUGGUUUCCCUCUAAUUCAACUACAACUUCUAAGAUAGGAGCAUUUACUUUA